CACCGAUGUUUCACAAUUUGUCUUUCUUUGUAAACUAACCUUAAAAUAAUUCACAUGUGUUUGAAAUGAUUUUGAUUAAAUAAAAUAUAAAUUAUCUUCUGAUUAUUUUUAAUUCCAACGUCUUAUAAUGGUACGGCAUAAUAACCAAUUGCCAGAUAAUUUACCUCAAUUACAAAAUUUAAUAAAACGAGAUCCAGAAUCUUACAAAGAAGAAUUUUUACAACAAUACACACAUUUCCUCAGUGUUGUUGAAUUAUUCCGUUUAACACCCGCGGAAAAUAAUAAACAAUUCGAUGAUUUGAUUAUGUUCAUUGCCCAGGUGGCGCAUUGCUAUCCUGAGGAUUUGAAAACAUUUCCACAACUGUUAAUGGAUUUAUUACAAGCCCAUAAUACAGUAUUAGAUCCUGCAAUACGUAUGGCAUUAUGCAGAGGUUUAAUUUUGCUGCGUAAUAAAAACCUCUUAGCACCGACUGAUUUACUGUCCCUGUUCUUUCAAUUGUUACGCUGCCAGGAUAAAAAUCUACGAACAUUUUUGGAAACGCAUAUCAUCACCGAUAUAAAAAAUGUUAAUGCUAAACAUAAAAAUGUUAAGCUAAAUAAGACCCUGCAAAAUUUCAUGUAUAGCAUGCUGCGAGAUAAUAAUUCAAAAGCUGCAAAAAUGUCCCUCGAUAUUAUGAUUGAACUGUAUAAGAAAAAUAUUUGGAACGAUACAAAAACUGUAAAUGUUAUUUCUACAGCGUGUUUCUCAAAAGUUACGAAGGUAAUGGUUGCAGCAUUAAAAUUUUUCCUCAGUAGUGAUUCAAAUGAAAAAGAUUCAGACGAUAGUGAUUCUUCAGAUGAUGAACCAAAUGCAAAAGAAGUAAUGAUGGCAAAUAAAGUUAACAAAAAAACUCGAAAGCGGAGUAAACAACUUGAGAAAGUUAAAAAAUUAGUUACAAAAGCACAAAAGAAAAAAUCACAAGCUCCAUCUUUCAAUUUCUCAGCAUUACAAUUAAUACACGAUCCACAAGAUUUUGCUGAGAAAUUAUUCAAACAAUUAGAAUCGACAAAUGAACGAUUUGAAGUUAAAUUAAUGCAUCUGGAUGUAAUUUCAAGAUUAAUUGGACUUCAUGACCUGAUUUUAUUAAAUUUCUAUCCUUACGUACAGCGAUAUUUACAACCCCAUCAACGUGAAGUCACGCGAUUGUUACAAUUCGCUGCUCAAGCUAGCCAUGAAUUAGUUCCUCCUGACUGUUUGGAACCAUUAUUACGAACGCUUGUUAAUAAUUUCGUUACUGAAAGAAAUUCUUCUGAUGUUAUUGCAAUUGGUUUGAAUGCAGUUCGAGAAAUUUGUGCUAGGUGUCCUUUAGUAAUGACUGUAGAUUUAUUGGGCGAUUUAACACAAUAUAAAACUUAUCGAGAUAAAUCAGUAAUGAUGGCUGCUCGAUCGUUAAUUGGAAUUUAUCGAAAUAUUGCUCCUGAAAUGUUGCACAAAAAAGAUCGUGGUCGCCCUACAGAAGCUACUAUUGAUCUUAAAUUAAAACAGUUCGGUGAAGUAAUUCCAAAAGAUACUAUUCCAGGUGCUGAAGUUCUUUUAGAAGAGAAAAAAACGGAUAACGAAGAAGAAAUGAAUAGUGACGAUGACAGUGAUUCUGAUGGAUGGGAAGAUGUUUCUCAUUCUUCAGAUGAGGGUGACGAAGCUGCUAGUGGAUCAGAAAAUGAAGAAGAUGAAAAUAAAACUGGCGAUAUGGAAACAGAAGAAACAAAAGAAGCUGAAACACCUGAUAAAAGUGCUAAGGCAAAAGAAAUUGUUUUGGAUCGUUUAUUAACGGACGAAGAUUUCAAACGCAUCGAAAUAGCUAACAUAAAAAAACAAGUACAAAUUGUCAAAAAAGGUGAAAAAAGAAAAUUAGAAGCAGAAAAUAAUUCACCUUUAGUAAAAUUAGCAGAUAUAGAAAAUAUCUAUAAAAAACGGAAACAUGAUAAACAAACCCGUAUUGAAUCUGUUCGAAAAGGUCAAGAAGGUCGUGAUAAAUUUGGAUAUAAAGACGGUCGCGUUAAUGAAUUUUGUUCAAAAACAAAUCGUGAAAAACAGAAAAAGAAGAAUUUCCAAAUGAUACGGCAUAAAGCUAGAGGAAAAGUUAAGCGAAGUUUUAAAGAUAAACAGAUUGCACUUCGUAAUCAUUUGUUACAUUUAAAGAAAAUGAAAUAAAAAUGUAUUU